ACUUGUUCAAUAAAUUUAGUAUUAAACCUACACUCAUUGAAUAUUGUGUAUAUAUGUAACAGGCUAACCCAACAGGCAUUAGAGUUACAUAAACGUAAAGCAGUGGAGAGUGCACAGACUGCGGCCGAUCUUAAACUUCAUCUCGAUAAGUACCAGGCACAGUUACGUGAAGCCCAGGUUGCUGUAGCUGAAAAAACAGGUGCUAUUGAACAGGAGGCUUACAAAUACAAGAGAAUGCAGGAGGAGAUAGCAAAGUUACAGCGUAAGGUAGAAAGAAGUAAGAAGAUAGAGAUGGCUGGAGGUGCUGACGAGGUUUUACUUGCAGAGAUACAGGAAUAUAAGGAGCAGUUAACUUGUCCAUCAUGCAAAGUGAACAGGAAAGAUGCAGUGUUGACAAAGUGUUUCCAUGUGUUCUGUCUAGAAUGUUUAAAGACCAGAUAUGAAACAAGACAGAGAAAAUGUCCCAAAUGUAACGCAGGAUUUGGUGCGAAUGACUAUCAUAGACUUUAUCUCACUUAGUACAUGUACUAAUAUAUAUGGUAUGUGUGUAUAUGUGUACAAUAUAUGUAUAUAUGUCUCUUUUUACACAGCAUAUUGCAUAUAUUAUAUGAAUGUUGUCUGUAUGUGUAGGAAAAAUGUCAUGUGUUUAGUGUGAUUGUGUUUUUGGAAGCAACUAAGUACGUUUCUUUCUUGUCAUAUAUUUUUUUUAUUUGACAAGUAAAGAACUAAUAGUAAUGGAGGAAUUUAUGAAAUAUAUAAUUGUGAAGUAUGCUUUCUAAAUUUCUGUAUUAUUUUAAGUGAUUUUAUGUUAAAAUAAGCAUAAAAUAAAAAAAAAAUGUAUAAAAUUAA